AUGGAAAAAUCGAACCCACCGGUAACCCUUACAACAGACUUAGAGGCUGCUCCAAAUACAAACGUCCAAGAGAAUGGCACUGCGGGGAAUCAAAGUGGGGAUCCUGCAGAUGUUGACUACUCUAUCUUCACAAUCAGCCAGCGACGAUUUAUCGUCUUUAUGGCCUCAUGGGCAGGAUUCUUCUCGCCGGUCUCAUCGCAAAUCUACUUCCCAGCGUUGAUUACUUUGGGUCAGGAUCUUCAUGUCUCGAACUCUCUGAUGAAUUUGACUCUCACGAGUUAUAUGAUCUUUCAAGGCCUCUCGCCCAUGUUUAUCGGUGAUUUUGCAGAUAAAGCUGGAAGAAGACCGGCUUACAUUGUCUGUUUCGCGAUAUACAUUGCCGCCAAUAUCGGACUCGCCUUGCAAAAUAAAUAUGCAGCACUUUUCGUUCUUCGAUGCCUCCAGAGCGCAGGAAGCAGUACUACGAUUGCUCUUUCAUCGGGAGUAGUGUCUGAUGUGGCCACUGCAUCUGAGAGGGGAUCUUAUAUGGGAUUUGUCACUGCCGGUUCUCUCUUGGGUCCUUCGAUAGGCCCGGUCAUUGGCGGUCUGUUGUCCCAGUAUCUCGGAUGGAGAGCGAUAUUUUGGUUCCUUGUUAUCUUCUCUGGGGCAUUUAUGAUUCCAUUUCUCGUCUUCUUCCCUGAGACAGCUCGAGGUGUUGUUGGUGAUGGGUCGUUGCCUCCUCAAAAAUGGAACAUUCCUCUCAUCAACUACUUGAGAUCGCGAAAACUCCACGAGGCGGGUGAAUCCCUGCCAAACCCACCGAAGCAGAAGCUCAAGUUUCCUAACCCAUUCGAGACACUCGCCAUUGUCUUCCAGAAGGACACCAGUAUCAUUCUCUUCUGCAAUGCCGUCCUUUUUGCCGGCUUUUAUGACGUCAGCGCAACGAUUCCAUCGAUCUUCAACAGCUUAUACGGUCUAGAUGACCUCCAGGUUGGAUUGUGCUACAUUCCUUUCGGUGUUGGCGCAAGUAUAGCGUCAAUCCUAAAUGGGCAAUUCAUAGACCGCAAUUAUCGCCGCAUUGCUGUGAGCAUGAAUUUUCCCUUGGUCAAGAAUCGACAUACAGAUCUGAGAAACUUUCCCAUCGAGAAAGCCCGUCUACAGAUAGCCCUUCCGAUGCUGUUUAUCGGCAGUCUUUGCGUCCUGGCAUUUGGCUGGUGCCUCAACUAUGGCGUCCAUCUUGCCGCACCGACGACCAUCUUGUUCUUCAUGGGCCUCACUCUGACAGGCGCCUUUAACACUGUCAGUACACUUCUAGUGGAUCUGUACCCAACACAGGCGGCGAAGGCCACCGCGGCCAACAACUUUGUGCGGUGCUUGCUCGGUGCUGGCGCGACGGCCCUCAUUGAUCCCAUGCUUUCAGCUAUGGGUCGCGGCUGGUGUUUCACCUUCAUUGCCUUUGUGAUGAUGGCUACCUCCCCGCUACUUUUGUGGGAGAUCAAUCGGGGUCCUGCAUGGCGCGAAGCCCGUCGACAGAAACAAGAGGCCCAGAAGCUCGAAGGAGAAGUGCGUGCUGAGAGCGAGAUUGAGAAGAAUUGA